AGCAGUAUGCAUUUGGACAAAUCCCAUCCUGCUGCUCUGAACAGGUCCAGACCAUACCAGGGUGUUCGAGUCAAAGAUCCAGUCAAAGACUUGCUGCGAAGGAAAAGAAGUGUGGAGAUGUUGAGCACCAAGACAACUCUGCAUACUGCAGAUGUGAUUACACACAACAGCCAGUCGACAUUCACACCAGGUAUCUAUGGGCAUGAUGUCGCCAACUGCUCCCUAGCAAAGUCUCCCGUUUGUGAUGGAGAAAUUACACAAUGGAGAGCUCCACUCCCUGUCACCAGACCUGGACUUCAGCCUGCAGGAACACACUGGUCCUCACCCGACUACAGCGAGCAAGUCACCUCCGCGCAACCUCUGGCCUACCCGGCUGGUCCCACUUGGACAGCUGAUGUCUACAUGCAAACUUUGUACCCCAGUUACACCAUGCUAGCCUACACGCAGACACCACUGCUCACUAAUGUUGGGACCCUCCCUGUGGCCGCAGCAACAUGCUCCCUUCCUCAGAUGGACCUCCCAGAAUUAGGGUGUGCUUAUAUCCCCUGGACCCAGCCCCUCACCACCCUCUCUACCAUGCUUUCAGGGGUCCAGUUUGCCCCAGGGUCUACCACUCUAUCAGGUUCCCCCCUGGUACAUAUGUCUUUGUCCAAGACUUUGACCACCACAGUUCCGCAGCUGGACACCCAAGGUAUAGAUUCUCAGGUCCAGAUCCUGGAGCCACUGCAGUAUUCAGAUCUGACGAACCGCAAGCUACACGAUGAGGUGCUGGAUGAAGGUCAAGCAGUCGAAUUGGAAGCACCAAACCUACUUGAUAAAAUUCUGGAGGAUCAGGGGAAAGAAGAGGAAUCAGGAGGCAAGGUGUCAUACAGUAACUCACUCUUUGUACCUAAUGCUUUUUGACUCUUAUUUUUUUAUGAACAGAGUACUGUAAUUUCUUGUCUCCCCUGACUGCAAAAGUACAAAGGUUAGCGGUAUCAGCGUGAUUGUUUGUUUGUUUGUUCGAAAA